AUGUCUAUAAUUGAAAGAAAGUCAGAGCAGUUUUCGCCCUACAAAAAUCAAAAAUCAUAAGUUAACAAGAUUCUGCACCACGUUGAUUUGGAAUAAAGAAACAGGAAUAAUAGUUUUGAUGGCUAGAUAAGAUUUAGAUAAAAGAUGAUGCCUUUACAAUCUAACGGAAACUCUCCAAAAUAGCACGUUUUUUAGAGUAGUCCGAAAUUUUAAGAAAAUGACAGUUCGCUGCUUAAAUAAUUUUCCAAUUAUAGCAAUUCGUUAAGUAAUUUAGUGAUUAAUAAAAGUACAGGGGAUGCCAGUGGGAUUCAAUCUUCUUCAAGCAAUCCGAAUGGGAUGAAUAGAUUUAAUAAUUUUUAAUCUUUUUCUCCUUUGCAGAGAGACAAUCUGCAGGAAGAUUAUCUAUUGAAGAACUCAAUUAUCAAGUAGCCGAACCAGGUUUACUAAUAAAACAUAUUUAGCGUUUCUAAAUACACUCCUGAAAAAAGAGGCCUUUCAUAGAGUCCUUCUCCGUUUAAAAUUAGUGAUUUGCAAACAACUCAAUUUAAUGUAAAUUAGUAGAGCUUAGAUGUUAAAAAUUCAAGAGCUUAUCUAAAAGCUAUGAAAGCACUUUAAAAUAAAGUAAAAGAAGUUGAAAAUUUGAAAUAAGGCGAAAUUGAAGUUCUAAAGCAAACUUUACAAGAAAAAGAAGAAAUUAUUAAAAAAAUUAAUGAGCAAUUAAACGAGCUAAAAGUUGCUAGCGAUAAAAUGGAAAAGAAAUUAAUAAAAGACACUGAUAUUUUUACUAAACUAGAAAGUAAUUUGAAAGAAAAACUUAAAACUGUUGAAAAAGAAAAUGACGAUUACAUCCAACAUUGCAAUUUUUACAAGUCAGAAAUUGAGUCCCUAAAAGAAAAAAUAGGUCAAGUUGAAUCAUUAUCUAAAAAGGAAGUUAAAGGCUUACUAAAAGAAAAGUCAUAAUUAAAGGAUUAAAUACACUUAGCAAAUCAAGAGGAGUAGAUUUACAAACAACAAAUCAAAGACCUUUAAUUGCAAAAUAAAAACUUGAUCUAAAACAUGGAGUCUUUGGAAUUAAGAUAUCGUCAUAUGGAGUAAUCAUAUAAGAACCAAAUAAAUAGCAGUGAAUCAGAUUUAAAUAAUUCCCUUAAGCAACUGCAACUCUAACUGCUAGAAAAAGACGAUUAAAUCAGGCGUUUAAAAUAAGAUAACAUCACUCUCAACUCAGAUAUAGAAAUUACCAGAUAAAAAUAUGAUGAGGUUUGUUCACAAUUUGAAGAUGAAAAAAGAAAAAAUUAACAUUUAGAAGAAGAAAAUAGAUAGCUGAGUGAGAAAAUUUAAGAAAUAAUUCGUGACAAUGAAAAUAUGAGGAGUUUCUGCUAGGCAACAAGGGAAAUGAAUAAUAAGCUUUUAAAUUCUUUUUCUACUAGCAGAUUAAAUGAAACAUAGUAAAAUUAAAUAUUUUUUAAGAGUGGAAAUUAGAAUUAGCAUUCAUUUUCUCAGUCUGGCAACUUCUAAGCCAGUCAAAGCUUAAGCGAAACUGCAAAUAAUUAAAAUAUAAUUCUCAUUUAAGAUGAUUUGCAACAAUAGCAACAGCUACAACAAUAAAAUUAAAAUAGAAAUUCUUCUACAAACUUACUUUAAACAAUAUCAAAUGUAGCAUCUGCACUUCCUCCUUCUCAGAAGCAAAUUCAAAUAAUUGAAAAUAUUGAACCAAAUUAAUACAAAAAUAUAGAAUCUAUUCUAAAGAAAGACAAGUAUUACAUCAACCAAGGACUUACCUAUGCUAACUAAGCUGCUAAAAAGAAUGAUAAAAAUUAAUUUAAUAUGUAAAAAGAAGAACCCAUAGAAGAUAAUUAAGAAUAAAAGCAAUACAAAUAUUCUCAAUCGAAUGUAUUGAACUCUUAAAAUUCGCUAAAGCACAUUUAAUCAACAUAAAUAUCCAACCAGCAAAGGUCUCAAUAUGAAGAAAAUACUAAAAGUCUUCAACGACAAGGCAGUAUGAAUUAAAGAGAAUCAAAUAGAAUUCAAAGAACACUCAAUUUUAGUGAUUAAAAGCAUAAAAAUAGCCAAGAAACCUUCAGGACUGCAGCUUAGCUCAGCUAAUAUUAUCAAGAAAACAACAAUAACCAAUAGCUCAAAUCGAGAUAUGAGUACGAACAGGUUAUACAAGCUGUUCUAGACACAGAAAAAAAUUUAGUAGAACUUAAUCACACAUACUAAAAACUAGCCGAAGACAUAUAUAACUUUGAAGGCGAUGAAAUAUAUAUUACAGUACUUAAAAAGAAAAUGCUUGAUUUGAAAGAGAAAAUAUCUAUAAAAUAAGAAUUCUUAGAAGAAAUGAAAACAAGAGAAAAUAUUUUGGCUUAAAGCAUCUUAACUAACAUUUGA